CCCUCCCCAGCCAGUACUGAGCAUGGAUCCCCCAUCCGGAGUGGUGAGCGAAGGGUUCCCCCUGCUCAUCACCUGCACGGGCCCCAGGGAUGCUGGUCAGCGGAGGUUUCACUUCUACAAGGACAGUGUUGAGCUCGUUCCUGGGAAUGUGGAGUCUGAGAUCAGCACCACAGAGCCCAGCACCAGGUCUAUGAACAUCUCUGCGCUCAGCAUCCCGCAGGCCGGUCCUAACAACUCCGGGGAAUUCACCUGCGGGUACGAGGAAAAUGUCGGUGGGAGGUGGAUCCCAUCCCCCAGGAGCCAUGCUGUGAAUGUCACUGUUACAGCCUCACACUACACCCGUGAUAUUCUGCUGGGAACUGGUGGCAUCUUGCUUCUGGGUGGAGCCCUGGCUGCUCUGAUCUGCUACUGCCAUAGGAAGAAAAGAGUUCCAAAGCCUCUGAAAAGCACCAAAGGAUCUGAGCCUGGAGAACACAUCAGGAACCUGGAUCCUGGUCAUGAUAAUAAGGGAUCAAAAGCCACGGGUGCCGGAGCGGAGCAGAUGGAACAGGGCUCAGAAGUCACCUAUGCACUCAUAGCAUUCCCGGCCUCACAGGCUCACACAACCCGGACAACAAAAAACCAAAACCUGCUGAAGAUGAGCAUGUGCUGUAUAGCGAGGUGGUGACAACGCACACCUGGAAGGCAACUAAAUAAGGAGGAGACACUCUCUCUAUGUCUCUCUGCAUGUUCUCCCCCUCCUCCUGGCAUCCAUAUCCUUAACCCUUUAUACCCCAAGAGGCCUUUUAUGCCUCUUGGCGAGGGGCACACCCCAAACACCAUUGCUAGAAUAUUUAGCCAACCAGCAUCUUGUCAUGUAUCAUAUAAAAACUGGUAACCCGUUGGUCAUGAACACCACUGUGUGAUGUAUGCACGGAUUGUGUAGCAAGUGUUACGUAUGUAUGCUGGAAAUAUGCUAUGAAUGUAGUUGAUAAAGAAGCCGGCCCUAGACAAAGGAAUGUGGAUUCAUGUGUCUGUGUGAAUCAGGCUAACUGGCAGAUAAGCAAAACAGCCUGGCUUGUGUGCUCCUGGCUGGUUUGAUGACCACUCUUACCCAGGCAGCCGGCAUAUCUGAGAACUUACAAUCUCAUAGCUGGAGACCAGACCAGGUCACCUGUGUGUUAGAUUUGCUCUAAAUAGAUAUUAGUCUUAUAAGAAUGUCUUUAAUGUUUAGAUGCUAUGAAAUGCUUGUAUGUUGCUGCCUGCAUUAAUCUAACUGAUAAUGUGAAUAUCCAAUGUUAUAAGUGUUUGCUCUGAAACUGUAAAUGCCCACAGUCUGGAGAGAAGCAUGACCAAGUGUGAAAUAUGAGUUUGCCACAAGAGGUGUUAUUUCCUGCCCAGCAAAAGCAGGCCCAUAGACACCUGACAAACCAUUGUGGAACAUCAGAGGACAAAACACUUUGUUGAUUGCGUCCCCCAACCCAUAUAGAGGAGACAUAGAUGGGAACUUGUCCCCUGCUUUUGAACUCUGGGGGAAGGGACUAAAAAUCCCUGAGAAGAAGAAAUUGCGUCAUUUUGGCUGUCUGAACUCAGAAGGGCCAGAGACUCUGAACUGAAGCCAGAGAUCCCCAGGGGCUGCCUCCUGCAUCUGCCCUGAAAGGCCCUUUGAAUUGACAGAUCACUACAAAUCUGUCACUCUUCAGAUUUACAUGAUAACUCAUUGGCGUGUGUCUAUUUGAUUGCUUUUACCUGUAGAUAACUUUUCUAUUCUUUUUUCCUAGUUAAUAAACCUUUAUAAUAGGAUUGGCAACAGGCGUUGUGUUUGGUGUAAGAUCUAGGGUACCAGUUGAUCUGGGGUAAGUGACUUGUCUCUUUAGCUUGGAAGCAACCUAAGAGCGAUGUGAUUUUUGGUGUAAGUGACCAUUGUGACGGGAUCCCCGGGGUGCAGCCUGGGACCAUGGGACCCUUGUGCUCCAUGAACUCUCUCCAGCUUGGGCUGUCUCUCACAGUGCUUUGCUAGUGAGAAGCAGCAAGCCACUCCUGGCGCUGUGAUCACUCAGCAUAACCACAUGUGGAUGCCCACACCCAGCUGUAUUGCAUGAAUGCUCCCAGAGCCACUCAUGAAUCACACAAGAAAGGCACCAGCCAGAUCCCCUGAGCUCCCAGCACUGCACCUCAGGAAUAUACCCCUUUUUAUUUUAUAAUAUACCACCUUGUAUCCAUUUACAAAAGCCUAGAACCCUCUUGUUGUAAACAACUUUCUGCAUUUUCUUAAGGGUUUUUGUUUCUAUUUGCCACUGAUUUUUGUUCCUUACGAUAGAGGGCUGCUGCACCUCUAUCUUUUUUGAGUUUUUUCUCACAGGCCCGUGCAAUAGUCCAGGACUAGAUCUUUCAAACUGUCAAAGUUGAUCUUCUAUGUUCAGAGUAAUCCCUUUGACUUUGAUACAGGCCUUAUCUCCCGACAGCUUAUACCCGUAUGUUUUCGGGCCUGCAGAGACAAACACAGAUCGUCACAGAUCGUCACAAAGCCCUUCUCAAUAGAUUUUUUUUUAUUUACAGCUAUCAAGUUUUAUAUCGCAUGUUUGUCCCCUCACCAUUCUCUAACUUAAUCCUUUUAGAUUUCUUACAAAUAGUCUUUUUUUUAAGCAGGGUCCUGUAACUUUUUGUGCGGACCAGACGGUCAAUAUAACGCUGUAAGCAGGCAUCUUCCGGUUUGGUCAAUUUCUUUAAAACACGGUCAGGGUCUCCACUGAAUUGCACAGCAUUUAUCAAGGUCACCCCUUGCGCUAAAUGUUCUUGGGUUAGGCACAGACAUUGCAUAGCAUAACCUAUGGCAAUAACAGUGUUUAAUAAGCUUUCCAAACACAGCUCAGCACACAGGCCCCGGAGCUUGCAGUUUAUAUCCAUUGAAGUCCAAGUCACACAGUCAUGGUACCGCUGGCCUGGGGCAUCCAUGACGCAGCCCUCACAAUCUUCGAAAAGCUUUUCCCUAAGGCAGUGUUUAAGGACAGCAUAAACAGCAAAACGUAAAUAGUCCGCAUGACUUUUUUACGCUCAUGACGUGGCACUGGGUCAGUUAGCUCCAUGCCAAGCCUCCUCCUAAACUCCUUAUAGUCGUCAUCCUCGGAGACCUCUUCAACAAUUUGUAGCAGCGUUGAGCAAAAAGAAGGCGGUCCCGGUUCAUCUUCACUGUUUGAUCCAACCCUGUCCAGGGCCUCCUCUAGAAAGGCAUCGUCGAGCUGUUGAGAGAUUUUCAGACAAGAAACAAGUGUAAGUUCCCACAGCUUGUUUUUACAUGUAAGCAGAGUCAGGAUGAGCUCUACCCUGACAUCUGGUGGUGAGUUGUGGCGGAUUGUGGAAAAGAACUUAAGGGGCUGAUCUCAUUUGCAUAGGCACAUCCAUUCUACCUAGAUGGUCACUUUGGCUGCUGUCAGAGCCCCAGUUUCUCUGUUGUUGGGGCAGGAAGAAUAAACUGUUAUUAUCCUGAUUAUGUGAAUCAAGGACAGUGGAACUGUACUUGGCCUUUUGUUAUGAUGGGGGGGACUCACCAUCAACUAAGCAGCACUUGCUAGGCAAGGGACAUAGGUUCCAAAACCCAGUGAGUUGAGAGAGGCUGGGGACAGAUAUUAUUGGAUAAUGUUUUUUUUAGUUCAUGUAUCUAAGAGAUAGAGGCAAGGUUUUCAUCUUGAGGUUAAAAGGCCAAAAAUAUCAGACACUUGAUCAUAGCCUUUGAUAGGCUAAGAGACUAUUUACACUUGUAGUACCUGGUGGUGUGGGCCCCCUUGUGAGGGCCUGAAACACCAAUUAUACCUUCUCUUC